UGGGGGGUGGUGCCGUCGGGCUCCGUGGGCGUGGAGUCCUGGGCGGAAGAGGCGGUGGCUGGGGGCGGUGCGGGCGGAGCCGUCGGACGCAGUGGGCCGCACCCUGGACUUCGGUCCCCCUCCGUUGUAGGGGUUGACGGCCGGCGAGCGUGGCGGGUGUCGGAGGCGCUCGGGUUCCCGACCGGUCCGGUCUCAGCAGUCCUCGCCGCGCGCACCGAGCGCCAUGGCCCAGCCGCCGCCCGACGUUAGCGAGGACGAGUGUCUCCCUGAGUACCGCCAUCACUUCUGCCCCGACCUGCUGCGGGACAAAGUGGCCUUCAUCACAGGUGGUGGCUCUGGGAUCGGGUUCCGGAUUGCUGAGAUUUUUAUGCGGCAUGGUUGCCACACGGUCAUCGCCAGCAGAAGCCUUCCAAGAGUGUCGAAGGCUGCCAGAAAGCUGGCUGCUGCCACCGGCCAGCGGUGCCUCCCUUUAUCUCUGGACGUUCGGGCUCUCCCUGCCAUCACAGCUGCUGUGGACCAGGCACUGAGGGAGUUCGGGAAGAUCGACAUUCUUGUCAACUGUGCAGCUGGAAACUUCCUGUGCCCCGCCAGUGCGUUGUCCUUCAACGCCUUCAAGACCGUGAUGGACAUCGACACCUUGGGCACCUUCAACGCGUCUCGUGUGCUUUAUGAGAAGUUCUUCAGGGACCACGGAGGGGUGAUCGUGAACAUCACUGCGACACUGGGGAUCCGGGGGCAGGUGCUUCAAGUGCAUGCCGGCUCGGCCAAGGCGGCUGUGGAUGCGAUGACACGGCACUUGGCUGUGGAGUGGGGUCCCCAGAACAUCCGUGUCAACAGCCUCGCCCCUGGCCCCAUCAGUGGCACAGAGGGCUUCCGGCGGCUGGAGGCUGGGCAACAAGACCGAAGUCGCCCACGGUGCGCUGUUCCUGGCCAGCCCUUUGGCAUCCUACGUGACGGGCGCCGUGCUGGUGGUUGACGGCGGGGCGUGGCUGACAUUCCCCAACGACCUCAAGUUGCUGGCAGAUUUUGCGUCCUUCUCUGCUAAGCUCUAGGUGAUGUGCUGCCCUCACCUUCUGGAGGUCACUCUGUCCCUGGGCCCUGUCCUGAAACUCCCAUCCAACGGGCUGAUGUUCACUGUUUUGGGCCCUGAUGUGUCUCCCCUGAAUCCCUUGGGUAUAUUUUUAGUACUUUUUGGGGCACUUUCGGGUUUUGGCUACCCCAACAGACCAAACUGUAUGUAGGGCAGGGCUGGGGAGGGGCCUUUUUGAACAGAUGAGUGGUGCUGGGAGGGGCCCAGCCCAAUGGAGCUGCACCCCAGACUUCAGGUCUUCCUGCAAAUCAGGACAGGCAUGGCUUGCCUGCCGGGGAUGGGAACCCCUCUCCUUGGGAGCUCCACUAGUGACCCCCUGUGGAGGCCUGAGGGCCUGCUGGGCCGUGAGGAGGGGGGUUGCCAUUGCUCUCUACCUUCCACUUCUCUCCCCCUAACCCCGUGCCGGGGCCAGCCUGUGAGGCCUGCAGACCCUACUUCUCUGAGCAGCGGGUUCCUUGGAAGAAGGCUGAGGACGUGGUUGGGUCUCUGAGCUCCUCUGUCCCCCAAGCCUCUUGGGUUCCCAGUGUGGGCUGGUGGCAGAAGCACUGUAGGGCCGUGGCCAGCUCCCGUCCCGUCUCUGGGGUGGAUGUGGUGGAGGGACACCCAGAGGCUCACAGCAUAUGGUCACACCAUGAAGUCGUGGUUGGAGCAGUUUUCCCGGAGGCGCGUUUGUUGGCGGACACAGGUGAUGUCUUCGGAAGCCUCCUGUGGUUUGGUUGCCGACAGACAGGUUCUCAGGGCCCAUGGCAUGUGGGCGGCCAGGCAGCGGGAGGGUGUGGGCCCCAGGCUGUCCCCUAGUGACUGGGAACACUCAUCUUGGGGAGCUCUGGGAGACCGCAGAAGGGAUGACGGUGUCUGUCCCCCACAUCCCCCCCUACCACCGCCACCCAGGGGUACACGGGGCCUGGCUGCCGCCGCCCUUUCUGGGCACUGAGGGGGACCCGCAGCAUUCUUCCUAUUCUCGACUGGCCCCUCGAGUGCUGUCCAGGGUGAGUGUAGAAGGCGGAAGCUGGUGCCCCUCGGUCUGCCUUUGUGACCUUGGCAUCAUUUC